GUUCCAGGACUCGCUGCAGCCGAAUCCCUAAAUUCUAUGCACAGAGAUAGACCAGCUGUGCCAACUUUGGCAGACAUUGCGUGGAUAGCUGCAGAUGAAGGAGAAUCUUUCACCAGGAUGAGAGCCGAUGCCAGACCUUACAGGGAAGAAUGGCACCCUACCCCACUCCUUAUAAUGCACAGAAAUUCAUCAGUCCCUAACUUUCGAAGGGAAGGGAGAAAACAUGAAAGCCUGAAGAAACCAGGUUUAGCUGCUCUGAACCAUACAGUUGCUCUGCAAGAUGAACUUAGUCGUUUGCGAGAACAGAUUGCAAAAAUAGUUGCUGUGCCAGAGACAAAAACGGCAUCUGCCCCUCUUACACCAGAACUUUGCUCUCCUGACACGUCAAGUAUUGCCUGCUCUUUACCAGAUUUUGAAUCCGCAUACCCUCCUUUAGCAUCCUUUACUCUAAAUGAUGAUAUUCCUGAGACUGACGAACCUGAAUCUUUAAGUCUCGCAUCCUUUUCUAUUGCUGCUUCAUCAAACUUUGACUUUGACUUUGAAAGUAAGGGGCAGGAUUUAACAAUGAACAAUGAUGCUGAUGAUGAGACCUCCUGCCUUUCAAAGUCCACCAGCUUUGCGGAUAUGAUGGAUAUUCUGAAAGAUAUGAAUAGGGUCAAAUUAAAUUCGUUACAGGGGUCCAGGAGAGGCUCUCAGCUUUUGAGAGAAAAUGAUCCAUCAGUGCUUAUAUCGGAAGCAUUGAAACGCAAGUUCACGGUUCAAGACAGUUCUGUUUUUAAGAAGGAAGACUGAUCACAUAAGAUCUUCAAACAUCAAGUAGUAAUCCCCCUGCAAAUUUAAAACCGGGAUGGGGAACUGAGUCACUUGGAAUGGACUGCUUUACCCUCCGCCAGUUCAAUACACUCUAUGGAUCCUGCUACUUGGAGCAAGCAUGAUGUGUUGAUCAGGAAAGCGCACACUUUAUACACAAAAUUGCAGGUUGUGGAUACAAAACUAAAUGAGGCAAGCUUGUAUUUGUGCCUUGAGUAUACAGAUUUAUUGUGGAGUAAAGCCUUCCUUAUCUCUGCUUCUAUGUUUUUCUUUUGUUAGAAGGAAUGAGUUUAUUGGUUUGUGUUGGUGUUAAAUACAGUGAUGAACUGGGGAUUUAUAUUUGAUUAACAAAUAAUUUAGUGUUGAGUUUUUUAGCUGCUUAUUUGGAUUCUCUCCACUGAUCUUAUGUCCUGAAAGAGGCUACGCAGUCAGUGGUGAAGGGUUCAGUUGUUUGUUUCUAAUUAGAAACAGUGGUGAAGUGUGGUUUUUUUUUAAAAGAAGAAAUAUGUGCAUUCAAAAGGGCAAAACAGAUUGUGAUCCUUUUUUCACUUCUUUGUCUCAAUUCCUCAAACUGUAAACACCCCCUUUACAAAAAAAAUGCGUAAAUUGUUUCUCGGUCAUGCAUUCCAAUCCAUGUGAUUGGAAUGCAGCCAUGCCAAUUUAGGCUGAGUACCAGAAAUGUUUGAUACAGUUCUCUUUUUUUUAAAUCAAAUAGUUGUAUUUUCUUUGUUAGUUGUUCCUUCCCACUCCCUAAUGCUAUUCACAGAAGAAACAUCAAGAUCCAGUCAGUUAAGAAAUUUUAACAAGUUCCUUAAUUAAAUGUUAAUCAUCACUCAUGUGUUACACAAGCAACAGUCACUUGGCAAUCUGAGAAGUUCAGUUAUGGAGAGACCGUAUGCUAUCAUUGCUUUGUGAGCCAAUUCCAAAUUUAAUCUUUAUUGAAGGAUAUUUUAUGGACCUACAAAAUUCCUGUGCUGCUUGCUGCUACAUUAUUUCUACUGUAGCUGGCCUGGAAACCCGAUUCAAUUUGUUUCCAGCUUUUUGUGAUAUUUGUUUGUAAAUAGAUGCCUGUAUGAGAGUGAAGAGACAGCUGAAGAUGCAAAUGGCAAUGCAAUAGUUAGAAUUUUCGUUGAGUUUAUGCAAGGUCACGUGUUUUGCAUUGUCAGUUAGCAGCUUGAUAACUUGCCUUGAAAUAAAGGGUUGUUGGGUGGUCACUCACUAUCGCAAUUGCAUAGUAUAUUUACAAAAUCAUCUAAAACAUCAGCUGCAAUUUAAAGUUGGUACAUUGUUUGGGGGGAGGGUCAUUUAGUGCCUGCAUUUUAUUCUUGAAUUAGAAAUCAAAAGCAGUGUUAUGGAAGACUGGGCAAUCAUGCCUUUUCAUUCUGGGCGCUCUUGUUGGAUUGUGACCCACAGCAGUCUAAAGAUAGAUAAGCUAUUCAUCUUAAAAUGUCAUUUAAACUUUAAUAUCUUUCGCUUGCACAUGCGCACACAUCUGGAUUUGAGGUAUCGGCGUUUCUUUUGAAGUUGAUCCAGUAGCAUAUUACUGAGUCAUUGGAAUCACUAUGAAAGCUCUGACUUGAAAUCCCACAGCCAACUCUCACUUUAAAAAGCUAAUUGACAUAUUGUUGGUAUUAUUCUCUAGUUGUUGCAAGGAAAUGUUCAACAGUGAAGCUUUCUAACAUAUAUGUUUAAACUGUCACCUGUUCCUGCUGCAGUCUAGCCUUCUGUUCUGUUUGACUGAGGGAAUUUUUGCCUCUUGGUAGCACAAAGAGACAAAUGGCAGAGAGCAAUCUUGCUCAGGCCUAGGGAAGAACACAUUUUAAUUAACACUUAAAAUUGUCUCUUUGCAUUGUUACAUUUCUAAAUCGGUAUGUUUAGAGUAGGAUCCUACUCAGCCCAUUGUGCUUGACAUUAAUCCAGACUUAACCAUGCUUUAUUUUAUUCAUGGCUUUGCAUUUAUCUUUACUUGAUGUAUACAAUCACUUUUUUUGUUUUCUCUUUUUGAAGAACUUUUCUUUAACUACUUCAUUGGCCAAGUAUUCCAUCGGAUGAUUCUGUAAUUUUUUCAUUGAAAAAUGCUGAAAAUGUGCAUUCUGAAAUCCAUCGCUGCAGUACAAUGGGAGUGAACCUUGGAACUGUAGAAAUUGAUGUUUGUUACAGGCAGCCACAGUGCUUGCCCUUUUUAAAUUGAGACCCAAAUACAAAUAACAGAUGAAGGUUCUGAUUUUUCUGCUGGCUCCAAGUCUGACAUGAAAUGAGUGCCAUUGAGCCCAUCAGACAAGUCUUUGUAAAAUGCCUUUGCAUAGUUUGGCAUGAGGUGGUCUGGAGUGGCAGCAAGAUGAGCCUUGCAGAGUAUUUCAGCAUUGCUUGAAUAUAGUCCACACUCCAACAAAAGUUGGAAAGGGGUCCCUUCAGCACUGCUGUUGUUACACUCCGUGUGCAAGAAAAAACAAAUUAUGUAGUUUGUUUUACUCUAAUAUUUUAAAAAUAAAGCAUUACACUUAAGUUUUUUUUUUUUAUGCUGCAAAUUCUGUCUUCAGCACAACUUGUCCACUCACUUGUAUUCCUAUUCAGAUUUCACUGAAAUGGUGCAACUUAACCCUAUUAGUGAAACUUGUAAUUCGAAGACCUCAGUGGGUGAUCUGUGGAUUGUGACGUCCUAAACUGGUUCUUUAUCAAUGUAGUCAUGGUAUUAUUGCACACAGAAGCUAUAACCCCCACCCUCACCCAAACAAAACCUCCCAUCCAAAUCUUUGUGUAAACUGUAAGGCCUAUUUUAUUUUAUAAACAGUAUUCCAAAUUUCAGCAAAAUCAAAGGAAAGUACUGCAGAAACUGGAGAUCUGAAAUAAAAGCAGAAAGUACAAGAGAAACUCGGCAGUCUGCAACUAUCUGUGGAGUGAGAAACAAAGUUAAUGUCUCGAAUCCAAUAUGACUUCUCUGUGGGAAGAAUUCUGUAUAAGCCAUAUUGGAUGCAAAACAUUAACUUUGUUUCUUGCUCCACGGUUACUGCCAAACCUAAUGGAUUUCUCCAGCACUUUAUUUCUAUUCUAAAUUUUGGAGCUUAUUUUUGCAUUCAUGUUUUGGCUAAGGACCAAGAUAUCUGCCUAACAAUCCAUCACAGUAAAUACUUCCGAUUGUAACUUAAAGAAAUAUUGCCUUGAGAGCAAGUAGCCUUUAUGGGCCUGAGUACAUCAGUCACUUGCCAUAGAAAUGUUGGUGCAACCUCAAACCUAUCCCGCAUGCCCCUCAUACUUUAGAUCUCCCUUUGAAAAGGAUGAUCACUGGGAGAUAUCAAAUUCUGAAUAAUAAGCUAUUACACUUGCUUUUUUAAAUGUUGUCCUGGAGUUUAUUAUUCAGUGAAAUGAAAUUUUAAAGCAAUAACUUAUCAGAUUGUGCAUGCAUGAUUAGUUCAUUAUUUAUUACAUUGAUGUAAGAGAUCUAUUAACAAUUUUCAUCUUGCAUAUGAAAAGAUUUUUUUAAAAGUUUAACUUGUGUUCAUUUCUGAUUAAUUCUGGCAACACCAAUAAAAUAUGCAGAAUAUCUGA